AAGUUGACAAAUUUUUAUUUUGUAAAGAAAUGGUUUUUACACUCAAAACACAAAACAACAGUCAAAUUAUGGGAGACCAAAAUUCAGUGAGUCAACUCGGUCCUUAUUCCCCCGAGUCUUAAAUUCCCAUAACCCGCUCAAUUAUUUCUCUCUUCCACCCCCUCCCUUUUCUUUUCUCUUUUUUUAUUUUUUUAUUUUAUUUUAUUUUAUUUUUAACCUAUGAAACUAAUAAUCAAAAUAAAAAUCCCACUCUUUUAAAAAUAUUUUUUUAGUUUUAUAUUUUAUUUAAACAUAAACAUACACAAAGAUGUAACCCUAAAUGGACCCCACCUUUCUCAAACUUAACCAUAGUUAAAGUUCAAAAAACAUAAAAGAAAAUUAAAACUUAACUUGGGUUUACAAGCACCACCCACCACAAUACCCAACCCCUCAUUUUAUUUUCUUUUCCCUUUCAAAUUUUUCAAAUUUUUAUUUAUCUUUUCCUUCUAAAAUUAACAUUAUUAUUAUUAUUAUUAUUAUUAUUAUUAUUAUUAUUAUCAACAGUCAUCACUGCUCAUCAUCAUCUCCUUUUUUCCUCUUCUUCUUCAUCUUUCUUCUUCUUUUUCUGUCUCUCCUUUUUCUGGUUUCUCAAUUUUCAAACCCUUCUCUUCUCUAAUUUCCUUUUUCCUACCCAAUUUUCUCCAGAAACAAACGCAAUUUCACUUGGGGUUUUCAACUUAUACCAAUUUUCAUUUUCAUUUUCAAUUCUUUUUUGUAAAGGGUUUUUAGUGAGACCCUUUUAAGAGGUUGUUUUUUUCUCUGUUUUUGAUUUUGUUUAUUUUUAUUCUAUUUUUAUUCUAUUUUUUUCUUUUGUUUUUAACUUUUUUUUUAGUUACCCUAAAUGUUUGAGCUAUGGACUUGACUCCUGCAAUUUCCACCGCCGCCCCCACCAUUUCCACCGGUGGAGGAGCUGUGAAAUCCCCUGAAUUAGACUCCGAAACACCCAUCAAAAUCCAGCCCACCACCAAAUCUCUCCCCUUCACCAACGGCGUCCUCAAGCGCCACCACCACAUCGCGCCGCCGCCUCCUCAGGUGGUUUACAAAGAAUGCCUCAAAAAUCACGCCGCCAGUUUAGGCGGCCACGCUCUAGACGGCUGCGGAGAGUUCAUGCCAUCCCCAACCGCCACCGCCACGGAUCCCACCUCCCUCAAAUGCGCCGCUUGCGGCUGCCACCGGAAUUUCCACCGUCGUGAACCGGAUGACCCAAUCGCUACUCCGACGACAACCCAUGUCAUUGAGUACCAACCACAUCACCGUCACCACCCUCCGCCUCCGCCUACGGCGGCGGCGGCCCACCGGAGUCCGAGUUCCGCAUCUCCUCCGCCGAUCUCCUCCUCGUACUACCCUUCCGCACCCCACAUGCUUCUAGCCCUCUCCGGUGUGCUGCCGGAGAACGCUGGGAGCGGCGGUGGAUUCCACCACUCGAUUAUGACUCCGAGCCCCAAUUCGAGAAAGCGAUUCAGAACGAAAUUCACUCAAAAUCAGAAGGAGAGAAUGUACGAAUUUGCGGAGAAAGUAGGAUGGAAGAUUCAGAAGCGAGACGAGGAUAUGAUUCAAGAAUUCUGCAGCGACGUCGGAGUUGACAGAGGGGUUCUCAAAGUUUGGAUGCAUAACAACAAAAACACCCUCGGGAAAAAAGACGGCAGCCGGAAUAUGAACGGUAGCGGUGGCGAAGGAGACGGCGACGAUAAAAUUAACGGCGGUGGCGAACCACACGCCACCGCAAAUGGGUCGUCUUCAUCCUCUUGAUCUGAAUAAAUUGUUCGAUGCGAUGUUAGAGAGAAAAUCAGAGAUAGAAGAGUAAGCUCUUUUUUAAUUUUAUUUUCUUUUAUUUUUUGCUCUCUCUUCUUGAAAUUUUAAGUUCAUUUUCUAAUUACAUUUCAAUAUCUAAAUUUCCCACUCCAAAA